AUGCCGAAACCAGGUAAGACUCCAUCGUUUUCAAAUAUAAAUAUGACUGCUACUAGUUCAAUAGUAUCAAAGAGUCCCAAUAAUGAAUCCUUAAGUAAAUGGAAAAUUCCUCAUUAUUAUAAAAGAAAUAAUACAGGUAGUAAUUCAAUAGAUAAUAUACCAACAGAUAAUAGCAAUAUUUUAGAUCAUCGAACUCCCUCAAAUAACAAUUUAUCAAAUAUUUCUGGUAUAUCAACACCUGAUCUUUCACAUCAAACAAAUUCAACUAAUGCAACAGGAAAAUUUGUUAAAUCACCAAAUUUUAAAAAUUUAACAAGUCCCAAAAAAAUGAUGAUGGAUGAAAACUAUAAGAAACAAGUUAGAGCUAAAAAAAAUGGUAAACAUGGUGUUGUAUUCGUAAAUUACACUGUACAGGACGAUCUUGAUAAAGUAAAUGAUUCAACUGUGAACCAAACACCAAUUAGUAAUAACAAUAAUAACGGUCAGGAAAAUUCAAUUGUACAGGAUUAUAAUAAUAGUAAUAAUGGAAUUAUACCGCAACCUGCAUCUCAAGAAUUAUCACAAGAAUUAUUUGAAUCAAAUUUAAUUCCUUCAUUACCUCAAUCUAAACCCAAUUCAAAACAAAAAUCUGCUAGAAAGAGAAUGUUAAAAAUAUUUGGUUCUUCUAAAAAUAAAUUCACUAACAAUAUGAAUGGACUAACUAAUUAUAAUAACAACAAUAACAAUAACAAUAUUAAACAUUCUUCAAUAGAAGGCGCAAAGACAAAAACAAUAUCAUCAUCAUCAUCAUCAACAAGAAAAUCUGUUUCGAAACCAACUCCUUUAAACAGAUCCAUUUCAACUCCAAGUUUACCAACAAAGGAAGAAAUGGUUAUGCCAAGUAAUGCUAAUACAAGCACGUCAUCUACUUCUUCAACAGGUAAGAAAAAAUCAUACGGAUCUUUACUUAAAUAUGGUAAAUUACGUUCAACUACAUCCACAGUAAGUCAACAAUCAAUGAUAGAUGAUGUAUCUUUUGAUGAUAUGAUGAAUGAAAUUGUACCAAAAUCAAAUAACGAUAAUAAUCAUAUGAACAAUAAAAAGGCUCCAAGGAAAAAGAAAAACACUUAUUCAAAUUUAUCCUCAUCUUAUUUAAAUGAUCCAGAAAUGAAUACAAAUAUUGCCUCUAUGCCUGUAUUCAAUACAAGUAUGGAUGCAGGGAAAGCAAUGGAAAUGGCAAUGGCAGAACAACAAAAGAUGAUUGAAUUUAAUUUUCAAAAUAAAAUGAUGAUGAAUAACAACCAUUCUACACCAAGCUUGAAUCAAUCACAUAUCAAUAAUGACAACAAUAAUCAUAAUAUUAGUGAUAACCACCAACUAAACACAGUUUAUUCUUCUACAGCAUCCUCACACUUACCGAAUAAUACAAAUAGUGAUACAAGUAACGUUUCUCCAAACUCAAAUGUGGUGGGACUUGGUAUAAGCCCAUCUCAAUACUCUCCAAAUGUUAAACAUGAGGAUAAUGAUGCAUCUAUCGCGUUCAGCAAGAUGUUCACUAAUAAGAAGAGAGCUAGUACAAUGGAUUCCAUAUCUAAUGCAACUAAUAAGAUUAAACCAAUUGGACCCAAUUCUGGUAACAAAGAUAUAAACACAGGUUUAUCAUCCAUGAACAAUAUUUAUUCUCCGAUGAGAACAGUGUCUCCAGCAAGACAAAGAUCUUCCACAAGAGGAUCAUCCACAUAUCGUCUCUCUAGAGAUGUAUCUUCAUUGACAAGCGUUCCGGAUGGGCCCGAAAACAACUAUUUAGAUACUCAACAAUAUAAUCAAAAGGUACCUGUUAGUAACAACGGCAGUGUUGGUAGUAACAACAAUAACAACAGAGCUGGCCAUAGGAAAAAACAAGAAUCUAUAUCCGAAAUAUAUAGACAACAACAAUACAUGAUCAAUAAUACUGUAGGAACACCAUCUACUAACAUUCCAUUUGUGACACCACCUUAUUUUGCAUCAAACCUUGCCAUUCCUUCAUCCAAUUCAACAUCAUCUACCCCAAGCGUUGGCGAUAUAAGUGCAACAGGUUUGAUACAUACCCAGAAUGGUACCAAUAUCAACCCAAAUAUGUAUAUGAAUCGAAAUUCAUCUACAUAUUUCGAUGUAAAUGGUUCUAUGGACAACAGCCAGAAUAAUGCAAUGAUAGAAUUAUCUGAUAUCCAAACACCACUAGAAAGUAUUCCUGCGAUUGAUACAAUGACAUCCAAUACGACUCCAAUGCAAGGAACUCCAAGUAAUAAUAUUAUUAAACAAAAUAAAAAUAAAAAAUUAGUAAAUUCGAAUAAUAAUAACGAACAUGAAAAUAUGCCGUAUAUGCCUAAUGAUGCAAGUACUGGUAGUAGCAGUGCUUUAGAGUCACUAAUGACCAAUUCGUUAUCUACUACCACAUCACACACAUUAAACAUGGUUCCUACAAAUCCACCAAGUAUGGUUUAUCAAACACAGAACGGUGAACCGUUUACCCUUGUGAAUACUGGUAUUGGUUCUAAUGAUAUAAAUUUGAACCAUUUUGGUGGAGGGAAAGUUCCAAUUCCAACAAACCAAACAAAUAUACCGGCUAAAAAUAUCCCUGGUGGCGCUAAUAUGCCUGAUGAUCAACUAAUACAACAGAUGUAUAUGGAAUUUGAUUUUGAAAAUCCAACAGGAAUGCUGAAUGAACUUCUACGUUCUGGGAAUGCUGGUCACCUAUCGACUUUGAAUACUGCAACAUCGAUCCAGAGCCCUACUUUGACGGCAGUUGCUGGUCCUGCAUCAUCAUCAUCUCCAACGACGAUAGUACCAACAAAUGGCGGUAAUAAUGCAUUUAACCAACACAUGAAUGAACAUGGAAACAGUGCAACGACAAUAAUGAGUGGUAACCCUAUGGUAGGGACUAAUAUGAUGACCAAUAAUACAACAACUGAUGAAAUGGUUCAAUUCAAUUCAAAUACAUUUACUAUUCCUGAUGUAUACGACCAUAACAUGAAUGAGUUCAAUAAUGGACAAACUGUAGUUGACGGAAAUAAUGAUAUGACUGCUGCGUUCUUUUUGGAUAAUUAG